AUGGUUAACAGUCCAAGACCAAAUCAACUCUCCACCUCUGCAAGCGUUGUCUCUGUUGGUGUGCAAGGAGGAUCAGGUCAUCACGGUUACACUGAAGAAGAAACUGAAGCUUUUACUGAUUAUAUCAACUCAACUCUUAUGGAUGAUGACGAUCUCAAAGAAAAACUCCCAAUUGCCAAGGAUGGUCUCUUUGAAGCCUGCAAGGAUGGUAUUCUCAUCAACAAACUCAUCAACACUGCUGUUCCAGGUACUGUCGAUGAAAGAGUCAUCAACAAGAAGAAGAGUUUGAAUCCAUGGGAACGUAAUGAAAAUCACGAAUUGGCCAUCAACUCUGCCAAGGCCAUUGGUUGUCGUGUUGUGAAUAUUAGUCCUGCUUUCAUUGAAGAAGGACGACCUCACAUUGUGUUGGGUCUCGUUUGGCAAAUUAUCAAGAUUGGUUUGUUGGCAGAUAUUAACUUGAAGGUUCACCCUGAAUUGGUUCGAUUGUUGGGUGAAGGAGAAUCUUUGAGUGAUUUGUUAAAGAUGAAUCCAACGGACUUGUUGAUUCGAUGGGUCAAUUAUCAUUUGAAGAAUGCUGGAUCUGAUCGUCGUAUUCGUAACCUCGAAGGUGAUAUUAAGGACUCGGUGGCUUAUACCUUGUUGUUGUCACAAAUUUGUCCAAAUGGUGAAUGUUCAAAGGAUCCAUUGAAUGAAAAUGAUUUGGAAAAGAGAGCUGAAAAGAUGUUGCAACAAGCUGACAAGAUUGGUUGUCGUAAAUUCGUUCGUCCAAAAGAUGUCGUGAAUCACAAUCCAAAACUCAAUUUGGCCUUUGUUGCCAACUUGUUCAAUAACUAUCCAGCUUUGGAACAAGUCAACUUGAAUGAUUAUGCUGAAUUGUUGAACUUUGAUAUGGAAGGUACAAGAGAAGAACGUGCUUUCAAGUUCUGGAUUCAAUCCUUGGACAUUGAUUGUAAUGCCAUUCCGGAAGACAUGAAAGACGGUGUCGUCUUGUUGAAGGUCUUUGAUAAGGUCAAGCCAGGAUGUGUCGAAUGGAAACGUGUUUCAAAUCCUCCAAAGAAUCGUUAUCAAGCCAUUGAAAAUACCAACUAUUGUGUUGAUUUGGCUAAACAAUUCAAAUUCAAUACAGUCAAUGUCGGAGGUACUGAUAUUGCCGAUGGAAACAAGAAGAUUAUUUUGGGUUUGAUUUGGCAAUUGAUGAGAAGAUCCUUGUUGGAUACUUUGAAGGCAUUGGGAGGUGGCAAGGAGAUUGAAGAAAAGGAUAUUGUUGCUUGGGCCAAUACUCGUGUGACUGAUGAAAAGCCAAUUGAUGGUUUGGAUGAUAAGAGUUUGAGAACUGGUGUCUUUUUGUGCAAAUUGUGUGCAGCCAUCAAACCAAGUGCUUGUAAUUUGGAUUUGGUUACUCCAGGUGAGAGUGAUGAAGAUGCUACUCAAAAUGCCAAGUAUGCCAUCUCUGUGGCUCGUAAGAUUGGUGCUACUGUCUUUUUGUUGUUUGAAGAUAUUUUGGAAGUGAAACCAAGAAUGAUCUUGUCGUUCCUUGCUUCAUUGAUGAAGGUGGAUAAGACUUUGAAUAAGUAA